AUGGCUGCGAUGUUUAGUCAAAAUCCGCUGAUGAACGGCCCGAACUACUCUUUCAACCAGGCCCCAGUGACCGCAGCUGGCAAUAAGGAGCAUGCGUUCAACCCAUACACUGACAACGGUGGUUCGACCCUCGCGAUCUCUGGUUCCGACUUCGCGAUCCUCGCCGGCGACACACGGUCGACGUCCGGAUACAAUAUCAACACCCGCUACAGCCCAAAGGUAUUCAAGAUCGGGGGCACGACAUCAACUCAAGAUGAUGCUACACUGGUGCUCUCAGUUGUUGGGUUCGCAGCUGAUGGUGAGGCGCUGAAAGAGCGUCUCGAUGCCAUUGUUAAGAUGUACCGUUACCAGCACGGCAAGCCCAUGAGCGUCAAGGCCUGCGCCCAGCGCCUCUCCACCAUCCUCUACGGCAAGCGCUUCUUCCCCUACUACGUCCACGCCAUUCUGGGCGGUCUCGACGAGGAGGGUCGUGGCGCCAUCUACUCCUACGAUCCUGUUGGUAGCUACGAGAGGGAACAGUGCCGCGCGGCGGGUGCCGCGGCCAGCCUUAUCAUGCCCUUCCUGGAUAACCAGGUCAAUUUCAAGAAUCAAUAUAUCCCAGGCAGUGGCGUCGGGCACGAGUUACAAGAGCGGGAGAAGAUCCCAUUACCUAGGAAUGAAGUGGAGGAUCUAGUGAAGGAUGCGUUUGAUAGUGCGGUUGAGAGACAUAUCGAGGUGGGAGAUGGUCUUCAGAUGCUUAUUAUCACAAAGGACGGGAUUGAGGAAAAGUAUCUGCCGCUCAAGAAAGAUUAG